AGCAACCCCGGCAGCAGCAGCAUCCUCCUCCCGCGCAGCAUCUCUCUCUCGGGCGCCUUCCUUCCUUCCUUUCUCUUUCGCUCCAGACACCAGCAAAGUCUUCUACUCGGUGCGCAUCCAGAGCGUCCGCGUGCAGACCUCGCCUGGCCCGGCUCAGGAGGACGCGGUCCAAGGGGCUCCGUCGCGCUCGCCUUCGCCUCGGGAAGGAGCCCCGGCCCCGGCUCAGUCUCCUCCUCCACCUCCUCCUCCGCAGCCUCAGGCGCCUUCCUUCUCCUCCUCCUCCUCUCCCUCGGCCCCGGCUGGAAGGGCUCCAGCCUCCUCCGCGCCCGCUGCCUCCUCGCCGGCCCAGAGGACCUCCUCCUCCUCCUCGCCUUCUUCCUCCUCCAGCAACAUGCCGGACAAGAAGCUCUUCGAGAACCUCUCCGGAGGAGGGAAAGCCAUCGGGGUCUUGACCAGCGGAGGGGACGCCCAAGGUAUGAAUGCAGCUGUCCGUGCGGUAGUGCGCAUGGGGAUCUAUGUCAAAGCAAAGGUGUAUUUUAUCUAUGAGGGCUACCAAGGCAUGGUAGAUGGAGGUGAGAACAUAGUCGAAGUGAACUGGGAAAGUGUUUCAAGCAUCCUACAAGUGGGAGGGACAGUUAUUGGGAGCGCACGUUGCAAAGCUUUUCGGACCAGAGAGGGUCGUUUGAAGGCAGCCUGCAACUUGGUUAAAUGUGGAAUCACUAACCUUUGUGUGAUUGGAGGAGAUGGCAGCCUAACAGGUGCUAAUCUCUUUCGUGAGGAAUGGAGUGGACUGUUAGACGAGUUGGCAAAGCAGGGUGAGAUUGAUGAAGAGGCUAUUAAGAAGUAUGCUUACCUCAAUAUUGUGGGCAUGGUUGGCUCCAUUGACAAUGACUUCUGUGGUACCGAUAUGACUAUUGGCACUGACUCAGCCUUGCACAGAAUCAUUGAGGUUGUGGAUGCCAUCAUGACCACUGCUCAAAGCCAUCAAAGGACAUUUGUGCUGGAGGUGAUGGGAAGACACUGUGGGUACCUAGCACUAGUUAGUGCCUUAGCCUGUGGCGCAGAUUAUGUCUUUAUUCCUGAAUAUCCACCAGAGGAAGGAUGGGAAGAUCACAUGUGUGCUAGGCUUUCUGAGAACCGGGCUCGAAAGAAAAGGCUGAAUAUCAUAAUUGUAGCGGAAGGUGCCAUUGAUUCCCAUAACAAACCAAUUACUUCAGAACAAGUUAAGGAUCUUGUGGUGCAGCGGCUGGGGUAUGACACUCGUGUAACUAUCCUGGGUCAUGUUCAAAGAGGAGGCACUCCCUCUGCUUUUGAUAGGAUUUUGGCCAGUCGGAUGGGUGUAGAGGCAGUACUUGCUCUUCUAGAAGCUACACCUGAAACCCCUGCUUGUGUGGUAUCUUUGUCUGGAAACCAAGCUGUCCGCCUGCCUCUGAUGGAGUGUGUGCAGAUGACUCAAGAUGUACAGAAAGCCAUGGAUGAAAGAAAGUUCCUGAGGCGUGCAACUCCGUGGAGGUAUUCUGAUUUUCAAAACAACUUGAAUACCUAAAGAUUGUCUACCAAGAAGUCAGCUUCUGAGCUUCCUAAGACUAACUUCAAUGUAGCUGUUUUAAAUGUAGGUGCUCCAGCAGCUGGUAUGAAUGCUGCUGUUCGCUCUGCGGUCAGAAUUGGCAUAACUGAAGGACACAAAAUGUUUGCUGUCACUGAUGGGUUCGAGGGCUUUUCUAAAGGGCAGAUCAAAGAAAUCAGCUGGGGAGAUGUUGGAGGAUGGACUGGCCAAGGAGGUUCAAUUCUGGGCACAAAACGUACUCUCCCUGCGAAGCAUAUGGAGAAGAUUGCCGAACAGAUGCGGAGUCAUAACAUCAAUGCCCUUAUGGUUAUAGGGGGCUUCGAGGCUUACCUGGGACUUUUGGAACUCUCCGCUGCCCGGGAGAAAUAUGACGAGUUCUGUAUUCCCAUGGUUAUGGUUCCUGCAACCGUAUCCAACAAUGUACCAGGUUCUGAUUUCAGCAUUGGUGCAGAUACUGCUCUCAACACUAUCACUGAUACCUGUGAUCGAAUCAAACUGUCUGCAAGUGGAACAAAGCGCCGUGUGUUCAUCAUUGAAACCAUGGGCGGAUACUGCGGGUACCUGGCCAACAUGGGGGCACUCGCUGCUGGUGCUGAUGCUGCAUACAUUUUUGAAGAGUCGUUUGAUAUUCGGGAGCUCCAGGCCAAUGUAGAACAUCUAACAGAAAAGAUGAAAACCGACAUUCAGCGAGGUUUGGUGUUAAGGAAUGAAAACAGUAGUGAGAAUUACACAACUGACUUCAUUUACCAGCUGUAUUCUGAGGAAGGGAAAGGAGUCUUUGACUGCAGAAAGAAUGUAUUGGGUCACAUGCAGCAGGGUGGUGCUCCUUCUCCAUUCGAUAGAAAUUUUGGAACAAAAAUUUCAGCAAAAGCUGUUCUGUGGCUCUCAAAGAAACUCAAAGAAUGUUAUCGAAGAGGGAGAGUAUUUGCCAACACUGAUGAUUCUGUGUGUCUUCUGGGUAUGCGCCGAAGGAACCUGGUAUUCCAGCCUGUGGUAGAACUGAAGGAUGAAACAGAUUUUGUACACCGAAUUCCGAAGAAGCAGUGGUGGCUAAAGCUACGUCCCCUGAUGAAAAUUCUGGCCAAAUACAAGACCAGCUACGAUGUUUCAGAUUCAGGGCAGCUAGAGCAUGUGCAUAGACCAAGCAUAGCAGGAGUCUGAGAAGUCCUACUGCUCCCAAGAAGUCCUACUGUUAAAAAGUUGCAAUAGCUCUCUCCAUUGUGUGUCAACAGUGCUUUAGAAUACUUGUUACAGCUUCUGUUUGUAACAUCCUAAGUUAUUGUGCCAGCACUUUAUGUGGAAAAAAACAAGCGGCCGUCACAGAAGUUCUCUACCUGAUGCUGUCUUAGGCUUCUAAAAAAGAAAAACAGAAAAAUGCACCACAGAAAAACCCUAGCGCCUAACUUAACAAAGACUACCCCAAUUACCGAUGUGUUCCUUACUGAUAACCUGUCCAAAAACUGGUUCUAUGCACUCCGUGUGAUGUUAUUCAUCUCUUGCACUUUUACCAGAUAGUGUUUACACUCAAAAGUAUAUUACAAGAGGCUUAGUUUUGUGUCAUACAAAAAGGAAACUUCUAUAUGCUCCUGCUGAAAUAAAAUACUGUAUUACAAAUAAA